AAUACCUUGCAGAUUCGGAGAGUCGAAAGCCACUUUGUUGUUAUAGAAGCAAGUACAUACAGCUUUGCAAUACCCAUCCAAGAAUUGAGAAAGUCGGUCUUUGGUUGGGCAUUCCUUCUUUACCAUGGAGGUUUCUUUCUUGAUGUUCUUUCUUUUGUGAUGAAGCAUCGCAAUGACCGAGACUUUCAGCCCUUAUUUGGGGGAGACGGACUACGGGCCGCUGCAAGACACCAGCGAGGAUGUGCUUUAUUUUGCCCAAUUUCUUUUGACAAAGGAUUUAAGGUUGUGCCUUACUCUCUUCUUGAGAGAACCGUUCCUGGAAGGCUUUUGAUAUGGCAAGCAGAUCAUCCUAUGCUUGACAUUACCUUUCGAACGAGGCUUUUCGUGGCUGGGAAACUGUUCAACGCUGCGGCUUUUGGUGUGUCUAGAACUAUCUUGCACAAGUCAUUAUCAGUCUUAUGCUUCUUUUUACAUGGAGCGCUAUGGGUUUGUAUCCAAAUGAGGCACAAAUUUGAAUUAUGGAUGAGAUGGGAUGCACAGGUCUAG